UGCCUUCUAAGAUUUCCAUAUAUAAAAGAGAUAGAAGGUGAUGAUAAAGACUCUAUAGAUGAAAUUGAAUCUUGAUAUAUAUCAUACUCAAAGAUAUCAGUGUUGAGAGAUUAUGGGUAAAGGAAGAGCACCCUGUUGUGAUAAGAGUCAAGUAAAGAAGGGUCCGUGGAGUCCUGCAGAGGAUUUGAGGCUCGUCACUUUCAUUCAGAAGCAUGGACAUGAAAACUGGAGGGCUCUUCCUAAACAAGCAGGGUUGUUAAGAUGUGGGAAAAGUUGUCGUUUGAGAUGGAUUAAUUACCUAAGACCUGACGUAAAGAGAGGGAACUUCACCAAAGAGGAAGAGGAAGCCAUAAUAAAACUGCACCAAACGUUAGGGAACAAGUGGUCUAAAAUUGCAUCCCAUUUUCCGGGCAGAACAGAUAAUGAGAUCAAGAACGUCUGGAACACUCACUUGAAGAAAAGAUUGGCAUUUAAAGUCCCACAUUCAAGCGGGGGCGAAUUAAAGGAAUCAUCCUCUAUCUCCUCUUCUUCGUCCAGCACAAUCAUGUCAGGUGGGAAAAGAAAUAUGGCAAUAGAACUUGAUGAUCAAUGGAAACAUGUCUCCGUGACCAAGAGGACUCGUGUUUUGGAAGAUAUACAGGAUUUGCAUAUGGAAGUAACUCGAGAUGAAUUUAGAACAACUAAUAAGGAAGCCCAAGAAUUGCCAAGUUCCUCUUCUUCUUCCUCUUCCGAUAAUUCCAAUGUCACAAACUAUAGUCAAGUUGAUGUUUCUUUGCCAGAUGAUCAAAUGGGUUCGCUUUUCAACUUUUCAGGAGCUUACGUUCGUAAUACAUUAGAGGAGGUGAGCAAACCAGAGAUCCAAGACAUUGCAGCAGUUGAGAUUCCUUCCGAGUCAGAUUUAGAUUUUUGGAACAUGUUAGAUGGAUUAUAUUCGUUGCAAACUAAUGAGGAAGUCCAAUUACAUAAUGUUGAGACAAACAAAAACUCAAGUCUUGGAGUUGAAUAUAAUGGGGAAGUCGAGAAUAGGAAGUGGCUGCGUUACUUGGAAAAUGAACUUGGCCUGGAGCCAGCCAGGGAUGGAAAGCAGCAAAAUUUACCAGAAGAUGCAGCUGAAUCAUUUUUAGUCCCUGAAAAUUACCAGUUUGAGAUACCCAUGAAGCCGGAAGUCAACUCCGGGAUGGAAUAUUAUCAUUUGUGGCCUUCUUUAUGAAACAAUUUCACUAUAAAAAAAAAAGUAAAGCUACUA